AAGAAUCAACUGUACUUUCUUUCUCUCAGUUCAGUUUCACAGAUGGAAACCAAAUGCUAGAGACUAUGUAAGUAUAGGGGAUGAAAGAGAGACCCCCACCCCCCGUUCCGCUCCUACACACACACACACACACACACACACACACACACACACACUGAGCACACAGUUAAACAGAGUCAAAUCCCUUAACAGAUCAAUUCAGUACAAUGUGACAUGUGCUGGGAGAUACGGUUAAAUCUCGUUAUAUGGUAUCUUCAAUACAUGUGCCCCCGGCCUGAGUUAAGAGGUAAACCAAAUCGAUGCACUAAUGAACUGACCACUCAAACGUGAAUCCCCAUUCAAGCACUCCUACUUAUACUAAUUUCUGUUCCUGCCUAGCAUCCCAGCAUCCUUUUCUUCAUCGCUGGCUGAUUACAAUAAACGUGCAUAAAUAUCAAGUAAUAAGAUGUGAAUAGAUUGCAAAGCAAACUUUCUUUAGAAGAUCCAGUUUGUUAUGGAGUUGAUAAAAGUAACAUUGGAGAAAUCCUAACCCACAUAUGAAGCCCAAUGAGGAUGUGACAGUCUUAGACUCUUGACAGCCCAAGAGGAAAAACUGGCACAGAAAGUGUCAGGAAAACACUCUUUUUAAAGAAUCUCCUGGUACCAUCAGAAAUGUCUUCCUUAAGUGGGAAAGUCCAAACUGUUUUGGGCCUGGUGGAGCCAAACAGACUGGGCCGCACCCUGAGCCAUGAACAUUUGACAAUGACCUUUGACUGCUGUUACUACCCACCUCCUCUAUGUCACGAAGCUACCUCUAAGGAACCUAUUAUGAUGAAAAAUUUGUUUUGGAUACAGAAAAACCCUUAUUCCCAUAAAGAGAAUCUUCAGUUGAAUCAGGAGACGGAAGCCAUCAAGGAAGAAUUGUUGUAUUUUAAAGCCAGAGGUGGAGGGGCUUUGGUGGAGAACACAACCACCGGGAUUAGCCGGGAUGUGCAGACUUUGAAGUGGCUUGCAGAAGAGACGGGCGUUCAUAUCAUAUCCGGAGCUGGGUUUUAUGUGGAUGCAACUCACUCUGCAGAGACCAGAGCCAUGUCAGUGGAGCAGCUUACUGAUGUCCUCAUGAAUGAAAUUCUCCAUGGAGCUGAUGGAACCAGUAUCAAGUGUGGUGUUAUUGGAGAAAUUGGUUGCUCCUGGCCUCUGACUGAGAGCGAAAGAAGGGUUCUUCAGGCCACAGCUCAUGCCCAGGCUCAGCUUGGCUGUCCUGUUAUUAUUCAUCCGGGAAGGAAUCCAAGUGCGCCCUUUCAGAUUAUCCGAGUAUUGCAAGAAGCAGGUGCAGACAUCUCCAAAACAGUUAUGUCGCACCUUGACAGGACAAUACUUGAUAAGAAGGAACUACUGGAGUUUGCUCAAUUUGGCUGUUACUUGGAAUAUGAUCUCUUUGGUACCGAACUCCUUCAUUACCAAUUCAACCCGGAUAUCGACAUGCCCGAUGACAAUAAAAGAAUUAGAAGGGUGCGUCUUCUGGUGGAUGAGGGCUAUGAAGAUCGAAUUCUGAUGGCACAUGACAUACACACGAAGCAUCGGCUGAUGAAAUAUGGAGGUCACGGCUAUUCUCACAUACUCACCAACAUUGUUCCUAAAAUGUUGCUCAGAGGUAUAACCGAGAACGCACUUGAUAAGAUACUAAUAGAGAACCCUAAGCAAUGGCUAACUUUCAAAUAGGAUGGUUAUGAAUUCACACCUUGUGUAUAAAGCUUAACGAGAACAGUCUCAGUGAUUUCAAACCCACUGUGAGACAUUAAUCAGAGCUAAGUAGGACUAAUGAUGGAUCAUUUCCUUUUGAUGAGAAUUAGGAGUUUUGCCUUCUCAGAAACUGGCUAUUACAUCUGCACCUUUAGGGAGUUAGUGAGCCUCACUGAGCCCUAUUGCUUUGCCUUAACAAAAUAAAUACAGAAGUACCUAUUUCCAAACAAUGAUUUACACUCUAUAUCCCUUUAGUAGAGUUUGUUUUGUUUUCUUAAUCUGUCAGCUGCACUACUUGAGAAAAUUUAAAGUGUUUCUAGUUAAAUUACCCCCUUCUGGAGCAAUCUAAUGUUUCUUGUAAUAUUGAUGAUCCUACUAAUUAUCCUGCUGUUCUUUAAUUAAUGUUUAAUGAAUAAUAUGGCACUUUAAAAGAGCUUCUGCAGCAAGGGAAGUUAAAUUUUGAGACUUUUUUUUCCAACAGAUACUGUAAGACAAUUACCAACUAAUUCACAAUGUUACCCAUAUCGUGGAAGGUUAAUUAUAUGCUGUCCACCCAUCUAUAUAUACUUAUAAUAAACCAAUUGUGUUGCCUGUGGCUUUCUGGUACCCAUUUUUACUCUAAAUUUUGUUGUAUUUUGAAAAAUUUGUAUAAAGGGGCACAGACACAUAUAUAGUACUGAAUUAUAAAAAUUCAAUCAUAAAAGUCAAAAUAUAUUACAUAAUAUAGUUUAAUGAAUCAUUACAUUUAUAAUAACAAAGGCCACAAUUUAGUUAAUAAUGUAUAAUGCAAAAAAA